AUGGAGUCGCUGUUGGCUAACUACGGUUCCUCCGACGAAGAAGGCAGCGGAAGGGAAGGAGAGCAGAAGAAGCGCAAUCCGCCGCCGCCACCCUCGAAGCCCUUGUACGGUUCAACCCGGCCGCCGAGGCCACCGCCGCCUUCCUCGCCGAUCUCAUCGUCCAUCCCCCCGCCUUCCAGAUCUUCAUCCUCCUCCUCCGCCGCCGCCAACGGUGCCUCCUCCACCUCCCUGUUCAGCUCCCUUCCACGUCCCAAGGCCUCCCCUUCGUCUUCAAUCUUCUCCUCCUUGCCUCCGCCGAAAUCCACGCCGUCCGCUUCCUCUUCCUCUUCCUCCUCAUUUUUCUCUUCUCUUUCGCCGCCGGAGCCCAGCGGUAGGAAGGUCGUCCAGUUCAGGCCUUCGAUUGAUGUCUCCCUCCUCAGAGCUGUCGACAUCGACGAAGACGACGAGGAGAGCAAAGAGAAGCGCAGGAAGAGAACCCUGGAUUUCUCGUCCAAACCCCUCUCCUCCAUCAUUCCCGCGCCCAAGAACACCCUCUGCCUUGCUCCCGCCGCCGUCUCCGCUUCCCUGAGGAGGUCCGUUGUGGAGACGGCCCUACCCUUGAGCAGUAACGAGCCCCCAGCACCGGAGCAAGCGAUGACUGGGGCAUUUGGGGACCAGGGGAGCUAUGAGGGUCAGUGGGUAGGCGCCCAGUCCGACUACGGCGCAGAAGGUGGCGACGCUGCGGCUAGUUGGCCUUCCACUGCCGGAAGCUAUGGCACUUACGGCAGUUAUGGGAGUUAUGAGGGAUAUGAGAGCUAUGAGUAUCACGCUGGCGAUUGGCGCUAUGGCUCGUCGGCGGUGGAAACAGUGGGUGCGACGGAGGUGCUGGAAUCGGCUAGAGCUCUCGGAAAGAGAUGGAGGAAUGCGAUCCCUUCUGAAAUCCUCGAGGUCAAGCAGGAGGAAUUGGUCAAGAACAGACCGAGGGAAGACCAGGUUAAGUUGACGGGAAUCGCAUUUGGACCGUCAUACCAGGUAUGACACCCAUAGAUUCCAUUCUCUCUUUCUCCUCCCUUUUUUUCUUCCGUUCUUCGCAGACAUCCUUCUACUUUGCCCAUGCAUUUUUCGCCGGCCGCCCCUCUUUUUCCUUUCACUUCAUUCAUUCGGAUUAGUCAUCGUUCUCGAGGGUUGAAGGAUGGGAUUUCAUCAGGAAAGAGGGCCAGACCUGCGCUUGCAAUAAAACUAGUGUUGACUUCUGCUGGAAAGGUCAACCUUGGACCCAGUAGGUUCACACCACACAAUGAAAAAAUCAGGGUCGGCUCCCUUGACGCUUGUCAUGGUAUGUUACUUCUUUUCUUAGUUACAAUUUAGGCGCUGCUUUCCUGCUGUAGCCCAGAGAAUGAAAAUGGGGAAGAACCAGAAAGAAGAAAGAUGAAAGAAGCAAGCGGGGAAAAGGGAUGAUUUUGGAGGGCCUUACUUUGACUUUACUACACCCUUGUUCAUCGUCUAGUUGGCAAGAAAAGAAGAAAGUGGUGCAGAGGGUGUGCUUCAACUGUGGCCGCUAGUAGAGUGGAGGAAUUGGUGUAUACUGAGAUUUUCUUGGAGCUCAUCCCUGACUGAGGAUCUUCAAUCCAACAAUCUGAAUCUCAGUGUCUAUUUUUUUGUUUCCUAAGGAAUUCAGCCGUCUUGGUUUGUGAAGCUAGCAGGUAUGGUUAUCAGAGAGAGGGAAGACUUGCACAGAGGGUGUAUUAUGCAUGUUAAGGGUGAAACUGGGUAGUUUUGAAGGAAGACGAUGACCCUAAGGCGAGAUGGAGGGGAGAUUCUCAAGUAUUUCAGGAAAACUAUGCUUUUUUUCGUGGGUUCAUCUUGGUAGAUUUUCAAGGUUCCUGGGCCUUGAAGGAGUGCCCAUAAAACUGGAGAAGAGCAACCGAAAUCUGAAAGGAUGUAGAAAUUGUGGGUACAUUACUCCUUUUCCGAUCAUAUUUCAACUAUUAUUGUAUUAAAAUCGAUGGAGACGUAUAGAAAAUUUCAAUGUUGGCGAUUAAAACCUACUCUCUAUCAUUCAUGGGAUUAUUCUAUUACAGUAAGAUUGGUCAAUGAAGCAGUUUUAUUGCUUUUGAACUUUAUGCCUUUUUUGUUUCUAUCAAGGUUCCAUGGAAAUCCCUUGAAAAUCAACGCCAUUUCUAUUGAUUCGGAUAGAGCACAGGCACAAUUGUCUUAGAUGCCAUUCGGUGGGUGCUAAUGGAAACAUUGCCCUGCAAGAAGUAGGAUAUCGUCUAGAACACUUUUCCAUCUGUUUUGUGACGAAGAACUGACCCACCCAACCAGCUGUUGACUCUGCUCUGAAGCCUCUCCGCGUUGGGUAUCUUCUGACUUCUCCCAUGCCUCUCAGACCCGCUCAACCAUGGAUUCCCCGUCUUUUUUUCUUUCUUUCUUUCUUUGCUCAUCCGUUCUCUGCUGUUCAUCUUCCCCCACAGGAUCCUUCCCACCGCCUCACCCUCUUUUCUCUUCCCAAUAAUCUCAUCCCGUUUAUUAAAAAAAAAGAAGAAGAUAUGAAAUGAUAACUCUCAUCAUCAAUUUAAGAUGAUUAUAUUUGCAUCUGAAGCAGAAAUUUUCAAGGGUCUUCAUAUUUCAUUGCCCAUGAGUGACUGUGCGCCAAGGGGAAUACCAGUUCCUGCUCUUCGAUUUCAGAGAGCAUUCCUCUGACACGUGUGCGUCCUUCUGGUGAUGUUCUGCAGCCUGUCGCUUCUUCUGGGAAGGGGAAGCCGUCGAAGCUGCACAGGAGGAAGCACCAGAUCGGGUCGCUCUACCACGACAUGAGGCAGAAGGAGACGGAGCUCGCGGAGAGGAGGUCCAGGGGCUUCCUCACCAAGAAAGAAACCCAAGCCAAGUACGGCUGGUGA